AUGGAGAACCAACCGCAGGACGUCGACCAGUCCAAGUACAUUGACAAUGCUAUUCGCGCCGUCCGUGAGAAGAAGCCGCUCCCUGAGAUUGACUUCACCCUGCAUACUAUGGAGGAUGGAAACCAAGUGAGCACCCAGGAACGUGUAUGCAAAGACGUACAAGCACCCGCCUUCCACCCGCCCACCGACGAGCAAUUCUUCUCUCCCCAAGAUCGCACAAAGCCCAACAUCCAAUUCCUGAAGCAGCACUUCUAUCGCGAAGGUCGCUUGACCGAACAACAGGCGCUAUGGAUCAUAAAGAAAGGCACAGAGAUCCUCAAGUCGGAACCCAACAUGCUGGAGAUGGACGCACCCAUUACCGUGUGCGGUGAUGUUCACGGCCAAUACUACGAUCUCAUGAAGCUGUUUGAAGUCGGUGGCGACCCAGCAGAGACGCGCUACCUCUUCUUGGGAGACUACGUCGAUCGCGGCUAUUUCAGUAUAGAGUGUGUUUUGUACCUCUGGUCGCUCAAGAUCUGGUACCCCAACACCCUCUGGCUUCUCCGAGGAAAUCACGAGUGCCGCCAUUUGACCGACUACUUCACAUUCAAGCUCGAAUGCAAGCACAAGUACUCCGAGGCCGUGUACGAGGCCUGCAUGGACUCGUUCUGCGCACUCCCCUUAGCGGCUGUUAUGAACAAGCAGUUCUUGUGUAUACACGGUGGAUUGAGUCCCGAGCUCCACACUCUGGACGACUUGAAGAGCAUUGACCGUUUCCGCGAGCCACCUACCCACGGCCUCAUGUGCGAUAUUCUCUGGGCUGAUCCUCUCGAAGAAUUCGGCCAGGAGAAGACCAACGACUUCUUCGUUCACAACCACGUCCGCGGAUGCUCAUACUUCUUUUCGUACCCCGCUGCGUGCGCUUUCCUCGAGAAAAACAACCUUCUGUCAAUCAUUCGUGCACACGAGGCGCAAGAUGCUGGAUACCGAAUGUACAGGAAAACACGGACGACUGGUUUCCCCAGUGUCAUGACAAUUUUCAGCGCGCCGAACUACCUCGACGUAUACAACAACAAGGCUGCGGUUCUGAAGUACGAGAACAACGUCAUGAACAUCCGACAGUUCAACUGCACACCGCAUCCGUACUGGCUGCCUAACUUUAUGGACGUCUUCACAUGGUCAUUGCCAUUUGUUGGCGAAAAGAUUACUGACAUGCUCAUUGCGAUCCUAAACACCUGUUCGAAGGAGGAGCUCGAAGAGGAGACGCCCAGCUCUCUGGCUUCCGGUCCAUCGUCGCCACCCCUCUCCAGUCUCGACCCAGAUUCGACCGAGUUCAAGCGACGUGCGAUCAAAAACAAGAUUCUGGCGAUUGGUCGCCUCUCUCGUGUGUUCCAAGUGCUGCGCGAGGAGUCUGAGCGUGUCACUGAGCUCAAGACUGCAUCGGGUGGUCGACUUCCCGCGGGUACGCUCAUGCUCGGUGCGGAGGGAAUCAAGCAGGCGAUCCACAGCUUCGAGGACGCACGCAAGGUCGAUUUGCAGAACGAGAGGCUCCCGCCGAGCCACGAGGAGGUGCGAAAGUCUCAGGAGGUUAGCCGAGAGCAGGCUCUCGAGAAGGCCACCAAAGAAGCCGACAAUGACCAAGGUCUCGCGACUGUCGCAAGACGCAUCAGCAUGUAA